UCUGGUUUGACAGUCAUUGGCGGGGGUCACAGUGGCCACUGUAUGCGGCCCCACAUUGUCUCAGUCGACAUGAUCGAAUGUCACGGAGUACAUAUUGUCCCGGUUGAGGCUGGCACUGGAGAUUCGAAUUCUGAUUCUGGGUCUGUGGUAGUCGCUGGAGCGGGCUGCAAGACAAGCGAUCUCAUCAAGAAGACUAUGGAGGUGGGCUUGACGGUGCCCUUGGGGUCACGACCGAGUGUAGGAGCGGGACUGUGGCUGCAAGGCGGCAUCGGGCACCUGGCUCGGCUAUGCGGGCUUGCAUGCGAUGCCAUUGUUGGCGCUGUACUUGUCAGCGUUGACUCAAGCCAAGUCCUCUGCAUAGGCGAUGUGCCAACCAAACACAGGCCUGCUGGUGCUAUCCGCCCGGGAAACGAAUCCGAUCUACUUUGGGCGAUAAAAGGCGCUGGAACCAACAUCGGCAUUAUAGUCAGCGUCACUUUCAAGGCUUUCGCAGCUCCGACCUAUUCCGUGCGAAACUGGGUCCUCCCUUUGACUGAUAGCUUCUUCGGAUGGAAGCACUGUACAGUACAGUACUCAACCUAUUUAUUCCUCUUCUCCUCCAAAAUGUAA